AUGGCAAAUCUUGUUACACCAUUGACAUUAUUGAUGAGCUUAUCUCUGAGUUUGUGGAGGAGAAAGCAGAGUGAUGAUGAUGAGCAUGAGGAAGAAUCUGUGGAGAAGGUAUCAGAAAUCAAGGUUCGCUACUAUGAGGAGCUGGGCACUAGUGCGACAAAACCAGUAUCAUCUUUGACACAGUCCCCGGUGCUAGAACUUAAACCAUUGCCUAGCCAUUUAAAAUAUGCCUAUCUUGGAAUAGAUGAUACUUUGCCAAUAAUUAUCUCUUCUUCCUUGACAGGUGAUCAGGAGCAACAGCUCCUAAGCGUGCUGAGAGAGCACAAGGAGGCAAUAGGAUGGACUAUUGCAAAUAUCAAAGGGAUCAGCCCUUUGAUUUGCACUCACAGGAUAAUGUUGGAAGCUGAGUGCAAACCCGUAGUGCAACCACAGAGGCGACUUAACCCAACUCUCAAAGAGGUAGUGAAGAAAGAAGAGCUUAAACUGUUGGAUGCAUGUAUUAUCUAUCAUAUCUCAGAUAGUAAAUGGGUUAGUCCUGUUCAAGUAGUGCCUAAAAAGGGUGGUAUGACUGUGGUUAAAAAUGAGGUCAAUGAAUUAAUCCCGACUCGUACUGUGACUGGGUGGAGAGUUUGUAUAGAUUACAGGAAACUAAAUGAUGCUACCCGUAAAGACCAUUUCCCCCUCCCCUUCAUUGAUCAGAUGCUAGAAAAACUUGCAGGGCAUGAUUAUUAUUGUUUUCUAGAUGGUUAUUCUGGUUACAAUCAGAUUCAUAUAGCACCCGAGGACCAGGAGAAAACCACAUUCACUUGUCCUUAUGGCACUUUUGCCUUUAGGAGAAUGCCUUUCGGUCUCUCUAAUGCACCUGCCACUUUCCAGAGAUGUAAGGAGACUAAUCUGCUUCUGAACUGGGAGAAAUAUCAUUUUAUGGUAAGAGAGGGUAUAGUCUUAGGUCACACGGUGUCAAAGAAAGGGAUUGAAGUUGAUCGAGCAAAAGUGGAGAUAAUAGAGAAGUUGCCACCACCCACUUCAACAAAAGGAGUAAGGAGCUUCUUAGGACAUGCUGGCUUCUACAGGAGAUUUAUCAAGGACUUUUCUAAAAUCUCUAGACCUCUUUGUAAUUUACUUGAAAAAGAUUCUGCUUUUGUUUUUAAUGACAAUUGUUUGCAGGCAUUCAAUUUAUUGAAGGAGAAACUCACUUCUGCACCAGUGAUCGUUGCACCUAAUUUGGAGCUUCCGUUUGAGCUGAUGUGUGAUGCCAGCGACUAUGCUGUAGGAGCAGUACUUGGGCCAAGGAGAGGUAAGGUAUUUCAUGCAAUAUACUAUGCUAGUAGAACUUUAAAUGAGGCCCAAAAGAACUAUGCCACAACUGAAAAGCAGCUUUUAGCAGUCAUAUUUGCAUGUGACAAGUUUCGGCCUUAUCUGAUAGGUUCUAAGAUCAUAGUAUACACAGACCAUGCUGCCCUGAAAUAUUUGUUUGCCAAAGCUGAUGCUAAACCUAGGCUAAUUCGUUGGAUUCUACUGCUACAAGAAUUUGACCUGGAAAUUAGAGACACAAAGGGAACUGAAAAUGUAGUGGCUGAUCACUUAUCCCGUUUGGAAUCUGAUUGUUUAGAUUCACCCAUUAAUGAAAAGUUCCCUAAUGAACAAUUGCAUGUAGCAGAAAUCCAAGGAUUACCUUGGUAUGCUGAUAUAGUCAAUUACAUGGUUAGCAACAUCACAUCAUAUGGUUUGUCAUCUCAACAGAAAAAGAAAUUUUUGCAUGAUGUGAAAUACUAUUUUUGGGAUGAACCAUAUCUGUUUAAAUAUUGUGCUGACCAAGUAAUUAGACGCUGUGUGCCUGAAACUGAACAACUUAGCAUAAUACAACACUGUCAUUCUAAGGAAGCAGGAGGCCACUUUGGUGUGGAAAGAACUGCAACUAAGAUCUUAUCUUGUGGAUUUUAUUGGCCUAGAGUAUUUCAUGAUUGCAGGAAUUACAUUAUGUCUUGUGCUCCAUGCCAAAGAACUGGCAAUAUUUCUAGGAGACAUGAAGUACCACAAAAUAGCAUUCUUGUAAUUGAGCUUUUUGAUGUGUGGGGAAUAGACUUUAUGGGUCCUUUUCCCUCUUCUUUUUCAAAUAAAUAUAUUCUUGUGGCUGUUGAUUAUGUUUCAAAAUGGGUAGAAGCAGUUGCUCUACAAAGUAAUGAUGCCAGAGUUGUAAUCAGAUUUUUAAAAAAGAACAUCUUUUCAAGAUUUGGGGUACCUAGAGCCAUUAUAAGUGAUGGGGGAUCACAUUUUUGCAAUCGGCAAUUUGAAAAAUUAUUAUCAAAAUAUGGAGUUACUCAUAAAAUUGCCACCCCUUAUCAUCCACAGACUUGUGGACAGGUUGAGGUGUCCAAUAGGAAAAUAAAGCGUAUCUUAGAGAAAACAGUCAAUGCAUCUAGGAAAGAUUGGUCUUUAAAACUUGAUGAUGCAUUGUGGGCUUACAGGACAGCUUUCAAAACCCCCAUAGGAAUGUCCCCAUACAAGAUUGUUUAUGGUAAAUCAUGUCACCUACCAGUAGAGCUUGAGCACAAAGCAUAUUGGGCCAUAAAAUACCUUAACUUUGAUUUACAAGCUGCAGGUGAAAAGAGAUUGCUCCAGUUGAAUCGGAUGCUGAGAGAGGAAGCAUAUGAAAAUGCUAGGAUAUACAAGGAGCGAGCCAAGCGAUGGCAUGAUAGGAACAUCCUAAAGCGAGAGUUUUUGCCUGAUGGUUAUUCUGGUUACAAUCAGAUUCAUAUAGCACCCGAGGACCAGGAGAAAACCACAUUCACUUGUCCUUAUGGCACUUUUGCCUUUAGGAGAAUGCCUUUCGGUCUCUGUAAUGCACCUGCCACUUUCCAGAGGUGCAUGAUGUCUAUAUUUUCUGACAUGUUAGAGAAUUUUAUUGAAAUAUUUAUGGAUGAUUUCUCUGUUUUUGGGAAGUCAUUUGAAUCUUGUCUGACAAAUUUAGGCUGUGUGCUUAAAAGAUGUAAGGAGACUAAUCUGCUUCUGAACUGGGAGAAAUAUCAUUUUAUGGUAAGAGAGGGUAUAGUCUUAGGUCACACGGUGUCAAAGAAAGGGAUUGAAGUUGAUCGAGCAAAAGUGGAGAUAAUAGAGAAGUUGCCACCACCCACUUCAACAAAAGGAGUAAGGAGCUUCUUAGGACAUGCUGGCUUCUACAGGAGAUUUAUCAAGGACUUUUCUAAAAUCUCUAGACCUCUUUGUAAUUUACUUGAAAAAGAUUCUGCUUUUGUUUUUAAUGACAAUUGUUUGCAGGCAUUCAAUUUAUUGAAGGAGAAACUCACUUCUGCACCAGUGAUCGUUGCACCUAAUUUGGAGCUUCCGUUUGAGCUGAUGUGUGAUGCCAGCGACUAUGCUGUAGGAGCAGUACUUGGGCCAAGGAGAGGUAAGGUAUUUCAUGCAAUAUACUAUGCUAAUGGUUAUUCUGGUUACAAUCAGAUUCAUAUAGCACCCGAGGACCAGGAGAAAACCACAUUCACUUGUCCUUAUGGCACUUUUGCCUUUAGGAGAAUGCCUUUCGGUCUCUGUAAUGCACCUGCCACUUUCCAGAGGUGCAUGAUGUCUAUAUUUUCUGACAUGUUAGAGAAUUUUAUUGAAAUAUUUAUGGAUGAUUUCUCUGUUUUUGGGAAGUCAUUUGAAUCUUGUCUGACAAAUUUAGGCUGUGUGCUUAAAAGAUGUAAGGAGACUAAUCUGCUUCUGAACUGGGAGAAAUAUCAUUUUAUGGUAAGAGAGGGUAUAGUCUUAGGUCACACGGUGUCAAAGAAAGGGAUUGAAGUUGAUCGAGCAAAAGUGGAGAUAAUAGAGAAGUUGCCACCACCCACUUCAACAAAAGGAGUAAGGAGCUUCUUAGGACAUGCUGGCUUCUACAGGAGAUUUAUCAAGGACUUUUCUAAAAUCUCUAGACCUCUUUGUAAUUUACUUGAAAAAGAUUCUGCUUUUGUUUUUAAUGACAAUUGUUUGCAGGCAUUCAAUUUAUUGAAGGAGAAACUCACUUCUGCACCAGUGAUCGUUGCACCUAAUUUGGAGCUUCCGUUUGAGCUGAUGUGUGAUGCCAGCGACUAUGCUGUAGGAGCAGUACUUGGGCCAAGGAGAGGUAAGGUAUUUCAUGCAAUAUACUAUGCUAGUAGAACUUUAAAUGAGGCCCAAAAGAACUAUGCCACAACUGAAAAGCAGCUUUUAGCAGUCAUAUUUGCAUGUGACAAGUUUCGGCCUUAUCUGAUAGGUUCUAAGAUCAUAGUAUACACAGACCAUGCUGCCCUGAAAUAUUUGUUUGCCAAAGCUGAUGCUAAACCUAGGCUAAUUCGUUGGAUUCUACUGCUACAAGAAUUUGACCUGGAAAUUAGAGACACAAAGGGAACUGAAAAUGUAGUGGCUGAUCACUUAUCCCGUUUGGAAUCUGAUUGUUUAGAUUCACCCAUUAAUGAAAAGUUCCCUGAUGAACAAUUGCAUGUAGCAGAAAUCCAAGGAUUACCUUGGUAUGCUGAUAUAGUCAAUUACAUGGUUAGCAACAUCACACCAUAUGGUUUGUCAUCUCAACAGAAAAAGAAAUUUUUGCAUGAUGUGAAAUACUAUUUUUGGGAUGAACCAUAUCUGUUUAAAUAUUGUGCUGACCAAGUAAUUAGACGCUGUGUGCCUGAAACUGAACAACUUAGCAUAAUACAACACUGUCAUUCUAAGGAAGCAGGAGGCCACUUUGGUGUGGAAAGAACUGCAACUAAGAUCUUAUCUUGUGGAUUUUAUUGGCCUAGAGUAUUUCAUGAUUGCAGGAAUUACAUUAUGUCUUGUGCUCCAUGCCAAAGAACUGGCAAUAUUUCUAGGAGACAUGAAGUACCACAAAAUAGCAUUCUUGUAAUUGAGCUUUUUGAUGUGUGGGGAAUAGACUUUAUGGGUCCUUUUCCCUCUUCUUUUUCAAAUAAAUAUGUUCUUGUGGCUGUUGAUUAUGUUUCAAAAUGGGUAGAAGCAGUUGCUCUACAAAGUAAUGAUGCCAGAGUUGUAAUCAGAUUUUUAAAAAAGAACAUCUUUUCAAGAUUUGGGGUACCUAGAGCCAUUAUAAGUGAUGGGGGAUCACAUUUUUGCAAUUGGCAAUUUGAAAAAUUAUUAUCAAAAUAUGGAGUUACUCAUAAAAUUGCCACCCCUUAUCAUCCACAGACUUGUGGACAGGUUGAGGUGUCCAAUAGGAAAAUAAAGCGUAUCUUAGAGAAAACAGUCAAUGCAUCUAGGAAAGAUUGGUCUUUAAAACUUGAUGAUGCAUUGUGGGCUUACAGGACAGCUUUCAAAACCCCCAUAGGAAUGUCCCCAUACAAGAUUGUUUAUGGUAAAUCAUGUCACCUACCAGUAGAGCUUGAGCACAAAGCAUAUUGGGCCAUAAAAUACCUUAACUUUGAUUUACAAGCUGCAGGUGAAAAGAGAUUGCUCCAGUUGAAUCGGAUGCUGAGAGAGGAAGCAUAUGAAAAUGCUAGGAUAUACAAGGAGCGAGCCAAGCGAUGGCAUGAUAGGAACAUCCUAAAGCGAGAGUUUUUGCCUGGUCAGAAAGUCCUAUUAUACAACUCUCGCUUGAACUUGUUCCCAGGUAAGUUAAAAUCUCGAUGGUCUGGACCAUUUGUUAUUUCUAAUGUUUUUCCCUAUGGUGCAGUUGAGCUGAAGUCAGAAGAUGACCGCACUUUUAAAGUAAACGGUCAUCUUCUCAAGCAUUACUUUGAAGGGGAAAAUAUUGAUGGUGAUGCCACUACGGUGGAUCUAGCAAAUUCGGUUGAAGAACUGAGCUACAUUAGGAACAGUGAGGACACUGUUUAA